GGGGCUGGCGGAGCGGGGGCAGCGCCGCGGGAGGGCAGCGCCGCGGGGCCGGCGGGCUGCGGGGGACGCGGAUGCUCGCACCUCCCUGCGGCGGGCAACGCUUCCAAGGUGGCGACAGACAAGGUUGCAGGGAAGCUGAGCUCUACUCUCUCAUGGGUGAAGAACACUGUAUCACACACCGUCAGUCAAAUGGCCAGUCAGGUGGCAAGUCCAUCGGCCUCAUUACACACUACAUCCUCCUCUACCACGCUGUCUACACCCGCCUUAUCACCAUCCUCACCAACACAGCUGAGUCCAGACGACUUAGAAUUACUUGCUAAACUUGAGGAACAGAACAGGCUCUUGGAAACAGAUAGCAAAUCCUUGAGAUCAGUAAAUGGGUCAAGAAGAAACAGUGGAUCUUCUCUUGUAUCUAGUUCAUCAGCUUCUAGCAAUCUCAGCCAUCUUGAAGAAGAUUCAUGGAUCCUGUGGGGGAGGAUAGUGAAUGAAUGGGAAGAUGUACGGAAAAAGAAAGAAAAGCAAGUUAAGGAGCUUGUUCGAAAAGGGAUACCUCAUCAUUUCAGAGCAAUUGUUUGGCAACUCUUAUGCAGUGCUCAAAGCAUGCCAAUUAAGGAUCAGUAUUCAGAGCUUUUGAAAAUGACAUCUCCUUGUGAGAAAUUAAUAAGAAGGGACAUUGCUAGAACUUAUCCUGAACAUGAUUUUUUUAAAGAAAAAGACAGCCUUGGACAGGAGGUAUUGUUUAAUGUAAUGAAGGCUUAUUCUUUGGUGGAUCGUGAGGUUGGAUACUGUCAAGGAAGUGCUUUUAUAGUUGGAUUACUGCUUAUGCAGAUGCCAGAAGAAGAGGCAUUUUGUGUGUUUGUUAAAUUAAUGCAAGAUUACAGACUGCGAGAACUCUUUAAACCAAGCAUGGCUGAACUGGGCCUUUGUAUGUACCAGCUUGAAUGCAUGAUACAGGAGCAUCUUCCGGAGCUUUAUGUGCACUUUCAGUCUCAGAGUUUCCACACUUCUAUGUAUGCGUCGUCAUGGUUUUUAACUAUAUUCCUUACAACUUUUCCACUGCCAAUUGCAACAAGAAUAUUUGAUAUUUUUAUGUCUGAGGGUUUAGAGAUAGUAUUUCGAGUAGGUUUAGCAGUUCUUCAGAUGAACCAAGCAGAAUUACUGCAACUUGACAUGGAAGGAAUGUUACAGCACUUUCAAAAGGUCAUUCCACAUCAGUUUGACAGUGGUCCGGACAAAUUAAUCCAAGCAUCUUACCAAGUCAAAUACAAUGCAAAAAAGAUGAAAAAGUUAGAAAAGGAAUACACUACAAUAAAGACAAAAGAAAUGGAAGAACAAGUUGAAAUUAAAAGGUUACGAACUGAAAAUAGACUCCUAAAACAGCGCAUUGAAACAUUAGAAAAAGAAAGUGCUUCCUUGGCAGAUAGAUUGAUACAGGGACAAGUGACAAGGGCCCAGGAGGCUGAGGAAAACUACCUCAUAAAACGGGAGCUGGCCACCAUCAAACAGCAGAGUGAUGAGGCCAUUACUAAACUGGAGCAAGCUGAGAAUACCAUCAGGGAGCUCCAGCAGCAGCAGCAGCAAUGGUUUCCUGGAAGGUGCAAGAGGACUUCUUAUCUGAGGAAAGCACACUGCAUUUGUUCUUGCUCCAUAUGUAUCAUACCCAGAAUCUGGAACAAGUGUAGUGCUCAUAAAUGCAGUACACGAUACAGUGAAGACUUUGUGCUACAGCUGGAAAAAGAGCUGGUCCAAGCCAGACUGAGUGAAGCAGAAUCCCAUUGUGCCCUGAAGGAGAUGCAAGAUAAAGUUCUAGAGAUGGAGAAGAGGAACAGCUCUCUUCCUGAUGAGGAAAAUGUUGCUAGACUACAAGAAGAAUUGAUUGCAGUAAAACUGAGAGAAGCAGAAGCUCAGAUGGGUCUCAAAGAACUAAGGCAGCAAGUCAAAGAUCUGGAUGAACACUGGCAGCGUCACCUAGCUCGUACCACUGGAAGAUGGAAAGAUCCUCCCAGAAAAAACACGGUGAAUGAGCUACAGGAUGAGCUGAUGACAGUCCGAUUGAGAGAAGCAGAAACUCAGGCUGAACUGAAAGAGACCAAGCAAAGAAUGAUGGAGAUGGAAACACAGAAUCAGAUCAAUAGUAACCAUUUACGAAGGGCAGAGCAAGACGUUACCAACCUACAGGGGAAGGUACAGUACCUUUCUGCUCAGAACAAGGGACUUCUUGCUCAGCUGAAUGAAGCAAAACGUAGACAAGCAGAAACUGAAUGCAAGAGUAAAGAAGAAGUGAUGGCAGUACGGCUCCGAGAGGCUGACCGCAUUGCUGCUGUGGCUGAACUCCAACAGCAUAUUGCUGAAUUAGAAAUCCAGAAAGAAGAAGGAAAAAUUCAAGGACAGCUUAAUAAAUCUGAUUCUAACCAGUACAUCAGAGAACUGAAAGAUCAGAUAGCUGAGCUGCAUCAUGAGAUCAAAUGUCUAAAAGGCCAGAGAGACUUCUCAGACCAACCCACUUUUGAUGGGAUUCACAUUGUCAACCAUUUCACAGGAGAUGAUGAAUCAUUUCAUUCUUCUGAUGAAGAUUUUAUAGCUAACUCCAUACAGGAGAGUGGGGUGACCUUUCAUCUACACAGGAGGACUGGUCAGAUGGCUUUAGAUCACACAGUCAUAGACAGCAGUGACAGUGAUACCGAGGAAAGUGCCCUUCAGACUGAGAAUUCAGACAAGAUGCUUUCCAAGCAAAGAAUGGAAUCUUACUCUACUACUGUGUGAUUAUCACUGUGACUAGCAUUGAAGACUUUCAUGUUUCCGUAAGGAUGAAAUUGUCAGAUAACAAACUAUACAGCAGUUGGUUUAGGUACCUAUUGGAUCUGGUUUGGCCUGUGAUAAAUACUUACAUGUACUGUCUAUCUGCCUUCUCUUUUUGCCAAAUCUUGCUAAUGACAUACCAUCGCCAUAAAACAGGCUGGGAAGAAGUUGAUGGAUGACAGUUUUGACAGUAUUACUGGAUGUUCCUUGGUUUAGAAACUCCAAAUAUAGAAUUUCUGUAAUGCCUAAGAACCAUUUUUGCUGUUCACAAACACAGGAAUUAUUUUCCUCAAAAGAAAUUGCUCUUGUGCAAUAUUUUAUGCUCUGAACAAAUGUGUAUGUUUUACAUUGUUACCCAUUUGUGAUCUAGAUGGAUGCUAGUAAACCAUCUGAUCAUGAUAUAUAAAUAUAUAAAACUAUCUUAUGUGUCUCAAUUAUUUUUUUUAACUAAAGUUAUUGGAUACCCACAGAAGGCUUGAAAGAGGAGCCUUUAUCUGUACUACUACAUGUAUGCAACUAAUGGUCACUAAUGUCAUAAAGGUGUUUUUCACCAUUUUCACUUAAAUCUGUGUGCAUCUGCUUUUGAUGUUGCUAAGUAAUACCUGGUCUGAAUAUAUUAAUUACAAUAAUGUUUAUUUUGUAUAUAUUUAUAUAUCUACACCAAGCUGAAAAUGUACAUUAUACCAUUUUAUAUGAGGAAUGUAAAUGUUGCAAUAUUACUGUCUCUGGUAUUCUAAUGGUAAAAUGAAUUCUGUAUAUAUACACUAGAAAUUAAUUACUAAAUAAAGGCAAAACACUAACUUUACAUCAAGUUUCAGCCUAGCUACACUAACAGGUUCACGUUCUAAAUGCUUGUUCAAAACACUAUUGAUUGAAAUCUUUUACCUUCAUAUAUAUGUAAUGAAAAUAAAUUUUUCAUGAUUUAACAA